UUGGACUGAUCAUUCACUGUCAAAUCAUAUUUCUUUCGUUACAAUCAAAGUUCGCUCAAUUUUAAAACCAUGGACGACAAAGUUGAGGUCGUCAUCUCUGGAGCAGCUGGCAUGUUCCCAGAAUGUAAAAACAUUCCCGAACUUGAAGAGGCGUUAUUCAGCAAAUUACAUCUCAUCACGGACGACAAACGCAAAUGGAAACACGACUAUCCGUUCUCCACUCACUGUGGAAAGGCGUUCUCUCACGAAUUUUUUGACCCGAUGUUUUUCAAUUUGCCUUUCACGCUGCCAUUGGCUAUGGAUACCUUGACCAAGCGAUGUCUGGAGGCGAGCAUUGAAGCCAUCAUAGAUGCCGGUGUAAACCCAAAAUUUUUGAAGGGAUCACAAACGGCGGUUUACGCAACCUACGACUUAAGUGAAACGGAACUUACUAUGGGAACCACUGCGGCCACGCGAGAUUUGAACGUCCUCAUGGGCAGCGGACGAACUUUUUCUGCCGGUAGGCUUUCGUACGCUCUUGAUCUUCAUGGACCCAGUUACACUCUCCAAGGUGGCAAUGGAUCACUUUACCAUCUAAUCGGUCAUGCCAAGAAGCAGAUGGAACAGGGAAGGAUUCCUGCAGCAGUCGUCGUCUGUGCAAACUUCAUUAUGACAGCCAGAGCUCUGUGCAACUUAGACGAAAUGGGUUUUGCAGCCAUGGACGGAAAAUGCAGAUCGUUUGACGAAAAAGCUCAAGGAUACGCAAUAAGUGAUUGCUGCGUUGCGUUAUUCUUGCAGAGAGCGUCUGAUGCGCGAAGAAAUUGGGCUACCGUCAUAGGCUCCGAACACGCAUUUUUCGGGGACAAACCAGGAAGUUUAUUAUCCCUUGAUAUUCAACUUCCCAAAACCAUGUUACAGAAACUUUACUCAGAAUGGAACAUAGACCCCACAGACGUUGGUUACAUUGAAGCAGAUGGCUCUGGGAUUCGGGAGCAAGACGCACAAGAGGCUGACAUUAUAUCGGGUGUGUUCUGCCAAAAUCGAAAGAACCCAUUGCCAAUCGGUUCGUUGAAAUCUAAUAUGGGCCAUCCUCAAUCUGCUGCCUGUGGGGCUGGGAUAGUCAAAGCCUUGAUAGCUCUCAAUAGAUCCAGGAUUCCACCCAACAUCAACCUGACCUCUCCCAUUCCUGAAGUUACGUCAGGAGGUAUUCAGGUUGUGACGGAUGCAACGGCGCUCAACAGUAAGCUUGUGGCUGUGAAUGCAAUUGGAACGGCUGGACAUUUUGGUCACAUUCUCUUAAAACAGAAUUCCAAAGCGUCAUCCACAAUGAUAAUUGACGAAAAAUUACCUCAAAUCUUGCUGUUGUCUUCACGCACUGAGGCAGGGAUAGAGCAGAUUUUGCACCAGACAGAGGUUACAAAAAUUACUCCAGAAUUUGCGGGGCUUCUCAACGGAGUAUUUUGGCGUGAGGUGAAGAAUCAUAUGCACAGAGGAUACACUAUCGUUUCAGCGAAAGGCAUCAACGCUCCCAGAAAAGUCAAGAGACUGGAGGAUCGUAACAGACCUGUCUGGUGGGUGUUCUCUGGAAUGGGUUCUCAAUGGAACGGCAUGGGCACUCAACUCCUUCGAAUUCCGAUUUUCCGUGAUGUAAUUGGCCGGUGCGACAAAAUCCUUCGUCCACGAGGUUUAGACAUUAAGCAUAUUUUGACGACAGACGAUGAGAGCGUUUUUGACAAUAUUCUCCAUUCGUUCGUUGGUAUCACCGCUGUUCAGCUCGGACUGAUUGAAAUACUGCGAGCUCUUGAAUUGGAACCUCAUGGCAUGGUGGGCCAUUCAUUAGGCGAGUUGGGCUGCGCUUAUGCUGACGGUUGUUUAACACUGGAGCAGACUAUUUUGGCCUCCUACGCGCGUGGUAGAGCUUCAAUCGAGACUGAUUUGAUCAAAGGAAUGAUGUCCGCAGUAGGUAUGUCCGGCAACAAUAUCUCUACCUUACUCCCACCAAGUAUUGAUGUGGCAUGCCAAAACUCUGCCUCGAGUUGUACGAUUUCUGGACCUGCGGCAGACGUGGAAAACUUUGUCACCGAGCUAAAAUCUAAGGGAAUUUUUGCAAAAAGUGUCAAUGUCGGGAACAUCGCUUAUCAUUCUAGAUACAUCCAACCAGCUUCACAAUUAUUAUUAAAAUACUUGAAAGAGAUCAUUCCACAAAAUACACGAAGAUCCAACAAAUGGGUCAGCACUUCUGUUCCAGAGGAAGACUGGGACUCCGACCUGGCCAGGUUUAAUUCCCCCGAAUAUCACACCAACAAUCUACUUCGUCCUGUCCUCUUCGAGGGUAUCAUCAAGCACAUCCCUUCAAAUGCAGUGCUCAUAGAAAUCGCGCCUCACGGAUUGCUCCAAGCCGUGCUCAAGCGAGCAGUUCCGGAAAAUACUACAAAUGUCUCUCUUACACAUAGGUCCAGUCCAAAUGGCGUGCAGUUCUUGUUAGAGGCUAUCGGAGAGUGA